GUCGUCGUUGGGUUUAACUCAAUUUCCCGUUUCUCGUCAGAACUGCAAACUGAAGACGGAACCCGCGAAUUCGUUGCCGAACAAAGAUCUUCAGUGCGAGCUUCAGUCUAGACAUGGGUACUAGAGAAGUUUACGAACAGAAGCUAAGAAGAGGCAAUCUCUACCAUGAACCCACUAUGAAUCCAGGGCUCGGAUCGCCUCGUUGCCCUCGCUGUUUUUCUCUUCUUAAACCCGACCCUGAUAAAAGUGAAUGGGCCAUCAAUCCUGUUCUCCACGGUGUUACUGCUGUGGCAGGAUCCGGCCUUGGUGGGUUACUGAGUGCAGUUCAUGCCUAUAAUACGGGGAUCCCACACCUCCAAAGUCAUGUGAAGGGACCAAAGUGGCUUCCUUUUGUAAUUGGGGUGCCCGCCCUAUUAUUGUGCUCAAGUGCUGGAGCUACAUUUGGAGGUUUUGCUCUUCCAAGAUUUACUCAACUCACUGUAACAUCCUACUAUGCCACCUCAAGUGCUUCCCAUUAUGGAGUUUCACUUCUCACUCGAAGAAUUGAAGACAAUCACACAUCCCGAACUUAGUAAGCAAGCACUCAGUGAUUUCACAGGUCGCAUAAUUUCAAGCAAGGAAUCAUCUUCUCUUUUCCUAUUCUUUUUUUUUUCCUCAUGGAAAUUUUGGAAAGUCAUAUUUGGCUGUAGAUUUAGUCAUUUAGAAUGUCUAAUUUAUUUUUGCUUUUGUGGAGACACCUACCAAUGUAUGUAAAUUGCAGAGUCUCUGUUUCGCAGUAUAAUAUGCAAAUAAUAACGCUAUUACGGUUGUGUGACUUUCAACUAACAAGGAAUAUUGUUGAGAAUUUUGUAUAACUUUGCUGAUAACAAUGAAAACUUCACAGCAGUAAUGUGAUAUUUGUAGUGUAGUAGUU